AUGUCGCCGGCGGCGUCGGACGCUCGAGACGGGACGCAGGCGGGGUUUCCGCCCGACGACGGAGCGCCCACGGCCAACGGCAGCGCCCCGGAGGGCGAUCGGAGGCCCGAACAGGCGUCGGAGGCGGUCUUCGUAGACACAACAGGUGGCGCAAGGCCUAUUGUUCUUCCCAGCCGCGCAGACGGCGGUCAGAGCUUGGAGGGCGGCUGGAAAAAACCCCCCUUCAUACCGGAGAACAGGUCUUUGGGUAGUCCGCGCAAUGGGGAGCGCACCCGCUCUGCUGAGUUAGGUCCGAGGACGGCGCUCGACCAUCCAAAUAGCACAAUGCAUGGGGUGCUCCGGCCGGCACACUUGCAAGGAUGUCCGGAGCCAAGGCAAAGGACGGUGCCCCAGUUGCGACACAUCAACACCUGGACUGCGUCGCAUGCGGGAAGGGGUCCUCAAAGGGUGUUGACAGGCGGGCACGGGCUUGCCGAUGACAGGGCGGCAUCGCUGAACAUCCCCUUGCUGGGGGACAUGCAGCCUUCAGAAGGCAGCAUCCAGGGCAGUUUGAAAGAAAGGCCUUCAGAUUACCCCACGUUGGAGCUGCUGUCUGGCCGCUGUUCUGCAUCCCCAAGAGAGGGACACCGCCCACCAGGAGCGAGAAACACAGAGUCGCUUGAUUUUGAACCAGUGCAGAACAGUGUCCUUCUCAAUCGCCUGAAAAAGGGCAGGGAGACGGAGAGGCGUUUCUAUGGCUACACAGGAAGGACGUUUGUGAAGUUUGUUAUCACAAUUCAAGCUGGUGUGCUCAUCGGGUUGACGGCCAUUGCCAUAUCAUCCAUGUCAAAGCACAUGAUAGCCUGGAAGAACGGGGUGGUGAUGUCCCUCUGUGACUUGACAUCGAGCCAGGGAAUUGUGGCUGCCAUGGCCUUCCACGCUUUCUACAGUGUAGGCCUUGUCCUGUUGGCUGUUUCCAUGGUCCAGUUCUGGGCACCAGAAGGUGCUGGCGCUGGGGUCUCCUUGGUUAUGUCCUAUCUCAAUGGGUCGCAUGUGCCAAAUCUAUUUCAUGUCCGCACACUGAUCACAAAGUUUGUGGGCACGACGUGUGCUCUUGCAGCCAGCCUAUUCCUGGGGCCCGAAGGGCCUAUGGUUCACAUGGGUGCUGCCAUCGCUUCGGCAAUGACCUAUCCGUGGGGAUGCUGUAGGCCACACAGGUCCAGACCAGCAAAGCUGUACAUAUCGGCAGAACCCAUGGGGCCGGAGUCAGACCAAUCGUCGCUUCUCACAGAAGCCCAAGUGACAGAGUCCGACCUGUUGAUGCAGAUCUGGUCAAGGCUGAGUACCUUUGUGAUGGAGUUAUACACAGACCUUGACCGGCGUGACCUCCUGUCAGCUGGAGCAGGGUCAGGGAUAGCUGCAGCAUUCGGAGCCCCAAUUGGGGGUGUGCUGUUUGCAAUGGAAGAGGCAGCAACUUAUUGGUCCAAGAAGGUUGCCUGGCGCUGCUUCUUGUGUGCAGUCGCAUCUGUGAUCAGCAUCAACAUUGUGCACGCAACCUUCGGAUCCAGUUGCAUUGAAGGCGAGAGGUCGAUUGCGUGCAGCACUGGCGAUCUUGGCAUGUUGUCUUUUGAGAAGGGGGUGGACCUCGAGGAAUUGGACUGGCUGAAGCAAACCCCUUUCAUCUUGGGGAUAAGUGUGAUUGCCGGGAUCAUCGGUGUGAUCUUCAACUCACUAAGGGUAUUGCUGUGGCGGUAUCGUGCACCAGCCAAAAACCAUAUGCUCCGCAUGGUUGAGGCCAUGGGUGUUGCACUGAUUACUGUCAUCGUCAUGUUUGCUGUUUCUGCUGUAUGUGGGAGGUGUCGCACAGUGCUGGACAAAAGCUGGGAGGAGGAACAUGCGUACUUGCAGUUUAACUGCGACGAGGGCCAGCACAACGACCUGGCAUCGGCAUUCAUGGCAAGUCCGGAGGUCACUGUCAAGCGGCUGUUCAGCCUUGGGUCGAAGCUUGAAAUGCAGGACAUGCACUCUGCUCAUGAGAAGGCAGUGGAGUUCUAUGACAGCCAUUUUACCAUUGAGAGCUUGUCCGUUUUCAUUCCAUUCUAUUUGGUCGUGAUGAGCCUGGGUGCGGGGAUCGCCAUUCCAGGUGGACUCUUCUUACCAGCAAUCAUGGUGGGAGGGAUGAGUGGUGCCCUGUAUGGUCGCCUUGUGAGCAAAGUUGCUGCUCACUUUGGCUACCUCAAGAUUCAGCCUGGCUUCUAUGCCCUCCUGGGUGCCACUGGCUCGCUUGCCUCAGUCUUUCGAUCUUCGAUAUCCCUGGUGGUGAUUGUCAUCGAGGGCACUCGCAACAUCGACUACCUCUUUGGCGUUGUGUUGGCAGUUGUGGUGUCCAAUUGGGUUGCACACCAUGUACAUCACGAUGGAAUCUACGAGAGUGAGAUUGAGAGGGCUGGCAAUGCCUAUUUCCUGAAGCCAGAGCCCCCAAGAGUACUCUUUUGCCAGACGGCUGAGAAGAUCAUGGUGUCCGAUGUGCACUGCUUGAGGAUGAUCGAGAAAGUCAGCCACAUCCUCAAAGUGCUCAGGGACACACCACACAAUGGUUUCCCAGUCAUUGAGCAAGAUCAACAGAGCGAGCGCAGGGUGGGAAGGCUUGAGGGUUUGAUCCUCAGGAGCCAACUGCUGGUUAUGCUCAGGAGGAGGGUCUUCUGUGAUGCACAAGGCAGGCCAUGGACAACAGUGGACGAGGAAGCGAUCGAUGCAGAGAUGAGGCACUUCUACUCACUACAGCAUACCCAUCAUAGAUUCAUGGCCACCACAGAGAAGAUGGUGGACGCUCUGGAGCUGGACUGGGUGCACAACCUCCUCACUCCAAGAGCUGCUGAAGAAGACACAAAUGGUCAGGCGGAAGUUGUGGAGUCUCCUGGCCCUUCAGCCACAACUGUGUCCAGUGGCAUCUUCAUAUCUCCCUUUGCUCAGAUGCCACCACUGGGUGAGGCUGUGUCCGGGAGCCUGUACAUGGACCUGCGGCCAUUCAUGAACAGGGCCCCUCUCACAGUGCGCCAGGAGUGUUGUGCAGCACGGGCGUACGAGGUGUUCACGUCAUUGGGGCUGCGACACCUGUGCGUGGUAAAUGACAAGAAUGAGGUCGCAGGGAUCAUCACACGGAAGGACCUUGACCAUGCAUCUGGACCAGGGUGGUGGCGCCAAAAUAGAAUGGCGCCCAGCCCUGAGAGACAGCAAGCCAUGGUGAAGUCCGUCAGCCAGAUGAGGCUGACGCCAAGCCGCCCUCCAUCCGCCAACGACAUAGCAUCCAUGCACUCAGCUGAGAUGUUCAUGUCACGUGACAACGACUUUUGGGAGGACGGCCCGAGUCGCCCAAAGUCGGUUAUGUAG